GCGGCGGGAGUAGCGCAGGGGGCGGCGGGGAUCCCGCGGGCGGCUAGCUGGGACGGCGUGGGCGACCCGGAUCGCGGGCGCCCGGAGCCCCGUUUCAGCCCGAGGGGAGGUAGCCGGUUGAGGGCAAUUCUCCAUGAAUGUACGUCACCAUGAUGAUGACCGACCAGAUCCCCCUGGAACUGCCACCCCUGCUCAAUGGGGAGGUGGCCAUGAUGCCCCACUUGGUGAAUGGAGAAGCGGCUCAGCAGGUUAUUCUUGUCCAAGUUAACCCAGGUGAGACCUUUACCAUAAGAGCCGAGGAUGGGACACUGCAGUGCAUCCAAGGACCUGCUGAAGUUCCCAUGAUGUCACCCAAUGGGUCCAUUCCUCCCAUUCAUGUUCCUCCAGGUUACAUCUCACAGGUGAUUGAAGACAGUACCGGAGUCCGCCGGGUGGUGGUCACACCCCAGUCUCCUGAGUGCUACCCGCCAAGCUAUCCCUCAGCCAUGUCUCCAACUCACCACCUGCCCCCUUACCUGACUCACCACCCGCACUUCAUUCAGAACUCGCACACAGCUUAUUACCCACCCGUCACCGUGCCUGGAGACAUCCCACCACAGUUCUUCCCCCAGCACCCCCUGCCCCCCACAAUAUACAGCGAGCAAGAAAUCAUCCCACUGUAUGGGAUGUCGAGCUACAUCACCCGAGAAGACCAGUACAGCAAGCCACCACACAAAAAGCUGAAGGACCGCCAGAUUGACCGCCAGAACCGCCUCAACAGCCCACCCUCUACCAUCUACAAGAACAACUGUGCGACGACGGUGUACAAUGGCUAUGGGAAAGGCCACAGUGGUGGAAGCAGCGGAGGAGGGGGAGGCGGCAGUGGUGGUGGGCCUGGGAUCAAGAAGACAGAGCGAAGAGCAAGAAGCAGCCCCAAGUCCAGUGAUUCGGACUUGCAAGAGUACGAGUUGGAAGUAAAGCGGGUGCAAGACAUUCUUUCGGGAAUAGAGAAACCACAGGUAUCUAAUAUCCAGGCAAGAGCAGUUGUGCUGUCUUGGGCACCCCCUGUCGGACUGUCUUGUGGACCCCAUGGUGGUCUCUCCUUCCCUUACAGCUACGAGGUCGCUUUGUCCGACAAAGGGCGAGAUGGGAAGUACAAGAUCAUUUACAGUGGAGAAGAAUUGGAGUGUAACCUGAAAGACCUCAGGCCCGCCACUGACUACCACGUGAGGGUGUAUGCCAUGUACAACUCCGUCAAGGGCUCCUGCUCCGAGCCAGUCAGCUUCACCACCCACAGCUGCGCACCGGAAUGCCCCUUCCCUCCCAAGCUGGCACACAGGAGCAAAAGUUCUCUGACCCUGCAAUGGAAGGCUCCAAUUGACAAUGGUUCAAAAAUCACCAGCUACCUUUUAGAAUGGGAUGAGGGAAAGAGAAACAGUGGCUUCCGACAGUGCUUCUUUGGGAGCCAGAAGCACUGCAAGUUGACAAAGCUGUGUCCAGCCAUGGGCUACACGUUCAGGCUUGCUGCUCGCAAUGACAUCGGCACCAGUGGUUACAGCCAGGAGGUCGUGUGCUACACACUGGGGAACAUCCCACAGAUGCCGUCAGCACCCAGGCUCGUCCGGGCUGGCGUCACCUGGGUCACCCUCCAGUGGAACAGGCCAGAAGGCUGCUCGCCCGAGGAAGUGAUCACCUACACCCUGGACAUUCAGGAAGAUGAGAACGAUAACCAUUUCCACCCAAAAUACACUGGAGAGGACCUCACCUGUACUGUGAAAAAUCUCAAAAGAAGCACACAGUAUAAAUUCCGGCUGACUGCUUCUAAUAUGGAAGGGAAGAGCUGUCCAAGUGAAGUCCUGGUUUGUACAACUAGUCCUGACAGACCUGGGCCUCCGACCAGACCCCUCAUUAAAGGACCAGUCACGUGUCAUGGCUUCAGUGUGAAGUGGGAUGCUCCAAAGGACAACGGUGGCUCAGAAAUCCUCAAGUAUCUGCUGGAGAUCACAGACGGAACUUCUGAAGCCAGUCAGUGGGAGGUGGCCUACAGUGGAUCAGCUACGGAGUACGUCUUUACCCACUUGAAACCAGGCACUUUGUACAAACUGCGGGCAUGCUGCAUCAGCACCGGUGGGCACAGUCAGUGUUCUGAAAGUCUCCCUGUCCGCACACUAAGCCUUGCACCAGGUCAGUGCCGACCACCGAGGGUUUUGGGUAGACCAAAGCACAAAGAAGUCCACUUAGAGUGGGAUGUCCCCGCCUCUGAAAGUGGCUGCGAGGUCUCCGAGUACAGUGUGGAGAUGACAGAGCCGGAGGACGUGGCUUCUGAGGUGUACCAUGGGCCCGAGCUGGAGUGCACUGUGGGGAACCUGCUUCCUGGAACUCUGUACCGAUUCCGGGUGCGGGCUCUGAAUGACGGCGGGUAUGGCCCCUACUCCGAUGUGUCAGAAAUCACCACCGCGGCUGGGCCCCCUGGGCAGUGCAGAGCGCCAUGCAUUUCCUUCACACCAGAUGGAUGCGUCCUGGUGGGUUGGGAGUUAUCUGCCCUGCAGAGCCCUGAAAGCCCCGGUACUGACAUCUCUGAGUACAGGUUGGAAUGGGGAGAAGAUGAAGAAUCCUUAGAACUCGUUUAUCAUGGUCCAGACACCUGCUUUGAGAUACGAGAUCUGUUGCCUGCUGCCCAGUAUUGCUGCAGACUACAGGCCUUGAAUCCAGCAGGCGCAGGGCCGUUCAGCGAGCUCGUCCAUUGCCAGACACCAGCGUCUGCCCCCGACCCCGUCUCCGCCCUGUGUGUCCUGGAGGAGGAGCCCCACGGGACUCUGGACUCUCCCUCUGUGUGCCUUGCACUGAACUGGGAAGAGCCAUGCAAUAAUGGAGCUGAGAUCGUUGCUUACAACAUCGAUCUCGGAGACACUAGCGUUACCGUGGGCAACACCACCACACACGUGAUAAAGGACCUCCUUCCAGAGACUACGUACCGGAUCAGAAUUCAGGCUGUCAAUGAAAUUGGAGUCGGACCAUUUAGUCAGUUCAUUAAGGCAAAAACUCGGCCGUUACCACCCUUGCCUCCCAGGCUGGAAUGUGCCGCAUCGGGUCCUCAGAGCCUGAAGCUGAAAUGGGGAGACAGUAACUCCAAGACACAUGCUGCUGAUGACGUGGUGUACACGCUACAGUUGGAAGACAGGAACAAGAGGUUUAUUUCAAUCUACAGAGGACCCAGCCACACCUACAAGGUCCAGAGACUAACGGAGUUCACCUGCUACUCCUUCAGAAUCCAGGCAGCGAGCGAGGCAGGGGAGGGGCCUUUCUCAGAAACCUACACCUUCAGCACAACCAAAAGUGUCCCUCCCACCCUCAAAGCACCUCGAGUGACGCAGUUAGAAGGAAAUUCAUGUGAAAUCUUCUGGGACACGGUACCACCAAUGAAAGGUGACCCUGUUAACUACAUUCUGCAGGUCUUGGUUGGAAGAGAAUCUGAGUACAAACAGGUGUACAAGGGAGAAGAAGCCACCUUCCAAAUCUCAGGCCUCCAGAGCAACACGGACUACAGGUUCCGCGUGUGUGCCUGCCGCCGUUGUGUGGACACCUCUCAGGAGCUCAGUGGAGCGUUCAGCCCCUCCGUGGCUUUUGUGCUACAACAGCGUGAGGUCAUGCUUACGGGGGACACGGGGAGCAUGGACGAUGCCAGAAUGAAGGGCAUGAUGCCUACUGAUGAACAGUUUGCUGCCCUCAUCGUGCUUGGCUUCGCAACCUUGUCCAUUUUGUUUGCCUUUAUAUUGCAGUACUUCCUAAUGAAGUAAAUCCGGCAGAGCAGAGAUUUGGCACGGGGAACAGUGUUUGGCUGCACCUAUUUGAGAUGCAAAACUAGGAAGAGGUUAAACUGGAUUUUUUUAAACUAAUAAAUAAAGGAAUAAGUAAGAAGAGAAAGGAGCAGCAGGAAAGCACCAGACACCAAGAGCCAGUGUGCCAGUGAGCUUGCGUUUCCAAGCUUCCCAGUAUGCUUUUGUUCUGUUUCCACUGAUGUCUUUUGCAAGCCUUUGAUCUCUUUGUGUGUUACAGUUCAGUAAUUUAUAUUCACAGUCACUUCUUGAUCAUCUAUAUCUGUAAACAGAAUCACAGUGUAUGUAGUUCAGGGCUGGGAUUCCGGUGUUGUCAAUAGAGUAUUGCCACAUGAGAACGUACAGAACACGUGUGCCUUCCCAGGAGGCCACCGAGACCAUCCUGUCUUCACUCAGCUAUGUAACUGCGUUUAGCUCAUUUAAGUCAAAGUGUGUGCUUUAACCUAAAAUGUUUUACUACUCUGUAUCCCUUAUGAUUUUUAACACUAUGAGUUUCCUGUCUAAGAAAUCACAUAACCAAAUGCACCUAUAAGUGAUGGAGCAUUGUAGAUUUCCUCGUCGGUCCAUAGCAGUAACUUUAAGAGGGCAUUGUGCAAUAGUUAGUUGUUUCCUUGUUCAGCUACUUUAAAAGCUGCUUUAACUUGCCUGUCUGUCUUUGUCUAUAACUACUUCUAAUCUAAUCACUAGAGUUAUUAUAUUCUGUUCCGUUUGACCAGAGCUAUGUGACGAGAACUCAUGGCAGUCGAGUGCCUCACGGUUGUGAGCUGUCUUCUUACAUGUUGGCCCACCCAUUGUUUUUGAAAGAUUUGCCUUUUGCUAUUCUUUGGGGUAUCAGUGACGCAAAUGAAGUUCAGUAUUGUCAUUUCAGUGCCCAUAGUACUAAUGUAGCAGUAGAUGAAAAAUCUUGCUGAUAAGGCCUACAAGGGAACCAUCUACAUCUGCCCUUCUGUUUCUGGGGACUUGAUCUGGCCACAUAGAGAGAGGGAGUGGUAACUGGCUGUACACACAGGGUGUUUGGGGGGCCAAAGAACCUACUAAAUUCUCCCCCUGGAUCUGUCACCAAUUUGCUUUGUAACCUCUCUGUGCCUGUUUUCCCCUGCAUGAGAAGUCACAUCCAAUGGGGAUUCAGUACCUGUAAGUGCUUUGAGAUCUUGCAUCCACCGGUGCUAUCGGAGUGCAGAGUGUUCCUCUCCCAGGUUCACUUAGAGUCAUGAGAUAAUCAGUUCUAACCCAAAGUCAUUGGAUCACUCAGUGAAGUCCACAACGUUCAAGUACCUCAGGGACACUAAGAGCUGGAGGUGCAACUGUAUUCCAAAAGGGUGCAGCAGACACAGCCGAUCCCCCUGGUCCUGGUUUUUCUGUAUAUUUUUGCUCCUUGGUUUUUCUUGAUCAUAGCUGUUUUGUGCUUGGUCUAUGUUGUCUACGAUGCAGUAAGUACCCUGUACUAGCUUAUAAUAUUCCCAUACCAAAGUCAUGGGGAAACCAACAUUAUUUUGUUUUGGGUUUAUUUAUACUAUAUUCUGCAUACAGUACUUUAAAUGCCAAUUACAGUGCAAUCUUUAUUUAUUGUAAAAAAUUUUAAAAUGUACUUAUGUACUAAUUUGCCCUCAUAGCAUGUUAUAUUUUGUGUGUUUUAUACUUUUGUAAUUUUUAGGUCAGUUUUGUUUCUUGGCAACAUCUGUAGUAUUAGCCUUCUGACAUUUUCUUGUGUUUUUAAAGAUAAGAGCAUCUAACUCAUUAAAUGCCAAAAAAGAAAAAAAAAAUCCAUUAUCAGUGAUUGAAAGGUUUACAUGUACCCAGAAAACCAUAAUCAUCUCUUGGAAUGCUAAGAUCAAUGCAUUAUUGUGUGCCUAUAUUCAUGUAGUUAAGUACUAGAGAGUUCUGUAUUUUGUUAUUGACUAUAAUAAUUAGUGUAAUUAGACUUGUAAACUGAUGGUAUCAAGGUAAAUAUAUUUUUGCCAAAGCUCUGGCCUUCAGAAACUCAUCUUUUCAUCCAAGUGUGUCGUUUGACCCACUGUGACGUCACAUCUUCAUUCCCUGAGACACUUGUAAGCGGGUGAAGGCAAAUUCAGUGGAAUAGUGUUUAAAGCUAUUUGAGGGGAGAGUCUCUUUUUGUUUUUGUUUUUGAACACUUCAGCACUGCUGCUGCAAAGAAUUCUCUGAACUAGUUGAACUGUUUUAAAGGAAAUAAUACUUCAGGCCCAAAUCUCUCUGAACAUUUGAUCUUCUGGAGAUUUCCAAGCUCUGUAACCAUCAGACCGCUGAAGUGUGUAACCCACGCGCAGACGGCACUUUAUUCUAUUGCUCUCUAUUAUCCGGGAUCCAUUAUAAUCUCUUCAGUCAGGAAAUUAGUCUCUACAUGGCACUACCCUCUCUCACAAGUCUGUAUAUGUGCUAUGAAUAUAUAACUCUAUAUAUAUUGCCAUUACAAAGGAACAAUAAAAUAAAGUGUUCUAUUAACAUCCUCUCUGCCCUUUGCCAUAUGUAGGAAUGAGUGAGUGGCUUUCUGAUGCUCUGAUGCUUCUCUGUAUGUCAAACGCAUCCCCGACACAAGAAAUUCUAGUCAUCUGAAGCAAACUGCCCUUUGUCCUCAAAGAAAAUGUUUAAAAGGAAAACUUUUUAACAGAAUAUUUUGCAUAUUAUCUGCCUUGUUAUUAUCAAACUUGAGAUGUUGACAUUUUCUAACCCUGUUUCUUUGGCUACAGUCAUUCAGUAUUUGUGUCCAAAUUGAAAAGUGCCCUAAUAGAAUGUGUUUGAAUGUUAUCCUUGCACAAUUCUUUAAAUUGAAAUACAAAAUGUUUUACCUCACUGUUGGACAUACAUUCCAAGCUUUUCAACUUUAGGAGAAAAAAAAAUAAUCAUAUGUUUUCCUGUCUUGUAAAUUUUAGAUUAUUUCAUAUACAUUGUAUUAAAACUGCCAUAUCAAUUUUAAUGUAUAGAUUUUGCAAAUACUAUGCUAUAUGUAAUACCUAACUGUAUCUGUAGUGUAUAUGUAAUAUAUUUAUGCCCAAUAAAUGUUUUAAUUCUUUCUGA